GACCGACGACACCACCACGACCACCACCCUCACCACAUCACGACCGGAUCCAGCCGUCAAAAUGGUGAACAUUCCCAAGACCCGGAAGACCUUCUGCAAGGGCAGCCAGUGCAACAAGCACACCCUGCACAAGGUCACCCAGUACAAGGCCGGAAAGGCCUCGGCGUUCGCGCAGGGUAAACGCCGUUACGACCGCAAGCAGUCCGGUUACGGUGGUCAGACCAAGCCCGUCUUCCACAAGAAAGCCAAGACCACCAAGAAGGUCGUCCUCCGGCUGGAGUGCUCUCAAUGCAAGACCAAGAAGCAGCUUCCGCUCAAGCGCUGCAAGCACUUCGAGCUUGGUGGUGACAAGAAGACCAAGGGUGCCGCCCUCGUGUUCUAAGCGCCUUGCGGUCGGGGUAGUCGGUGCUGACGAGAUGAGAACGUGGCUUCGGUUUUUCGGAAGCUGGCCUUGCAUGGCCCUGCCCGCCAUGCAGUGGGAAUCCAGAGAGCGAUUUUGAUCUUGACAUGGGGGAAUCGGGCAUAGAGGAACAUGUACAUGGGCAUGGGUGGUUCGGACGCGGGACAACAAGCACAAUACCAUCCUUGGGGCGUUUCGUCUGCGCUUUUAUUCACGACUAUUGCUUCUGGUUCUCCGCGCGUCCGGUAUUUGGUACCCAUCAAGCCCUCGUGUCUUGGCUAGCAUCUGGUGGUUGGGGAAGACGGCGCAUGUAGCUGUCGAAUGCCGAAUGCCAAGUCAUCCGUCCAUCAUUGCAGCACAAAAGGAAACUCGCGAGAGAGAGAGAGGCCCGGGGUUCCAGAUGAGGCCUUUAUAAGUGAUACAAGGUGUCUUUGACAUGUCCGGCAUUCCGGCUACACGGGG